GUAAAUGUUCUCAUUUGGGGUCCAAGAAAAAUGGGAGGUUGCUUUGCUAUGAUGAGUAACCAUGGGGCGAAGUUUGGUUUGGCUGAAGAUUGUCUUCCUGGGAAAUAUCUCCCGCAGGUGACAAUGAAAAGGGAAAACAGCAUCAUGUGGACGAUGGACCUGACCUUGGUCAACGGGGACUGCAGCGACCCGGAGCCUCCCUCCGAGGGGAGCAAAGUGACAGAUGCCAAUCAGACGGAAAGCGUGACCUCUGGGAUAAAGGACGAGGAAGAGGAGGAGGAGGAAGAAGAGGAGGCUGAUGACAUCCCCAAACAAGCCCGGGAGGUCCCGGUACGAGGAAGCCCUGGCUGGGAGAAGAGCCUGAGACAGAAACCGGCGCCCCGGAUCGUCUUCCAGGCGGGGCCCGUUUCGCAGGAGAAGAAAGUCAAAGACGACAUGGAAAGCAUAGAAGGCUUCAAGGAACGGCACAAAAUCCGGCACUCCAAAAGGAUUUCUGGAUUUAUCCCGAUAAACUACUCGGAAGAGAAUUCCAGGCAGCAGGAGAAUACCGAGGUCCAAAAUGGUUGUGACUAUCGACCAGCAAGAAGGAUGCCAGAGUAUCAGGACGGGAAAGGCUUUGGAAUCGGGGAACUGGUCUGGGGGAAGAUCAAAGGUUUCUCUUGGUGGCCGGCUAUUGUGGUGUCCUGGAGGACCAAUUCCAACCGCCAGGCGGCCCCCGGCAUGCGCUGGGUGAAAUGGUUUGGGGAUGGAAAGUUUUCGGAGAUCUCCACUGACAAACUGGUGGGGCUGGUAUAUUUCCGGGAACAUUUCAACCCUACCACGUUUCAGAAGUUGGUGUCCUACCGACAAUCCAUUCUCCACGUUUUGGAGGUUGCAAGCAGCCGAGCGGAGAAGACCUUCUCCACCGUUACCGGGGAAUCUCUGGAUGAGAAGCUGAAACCCAUGAUGGACUGGGCCAACCAGGGAUUCAAGCCCAUGGGAGAGAAGGGGCUAAGACCCCCCAAGACAUUAGAUGUUAAACCGUUUCCCACCAUCAUCAUAGAGGACUCGAGCCCCCCAGAUCCUGCGCCGCCACCCAAGCGACCUAAGACCAAUGGGUCUAGCAGUACCAACAGUAAGGAGACACCCGAGAACCGAUCCAGAGAACGGAUGGUUUCUGAAGCCAAAAAUAACAAAAGUUGCUUGGAAGACAGCUGCCUGUCCUGUGGGAAGAAGAACCCGGUGACUGACCACCCACUCUUUGAAGGGGGACUUUGCAGGACGUGCCAGGAUCGCUUUCUGGAACUUUUCUACAUGUAUGAUGACGAUGGAUACCAGACGUACUGCACCAUCUGCUGUGAAGGCAGCGAGUUACUUCUCUGUGACAGUGCCAGUUGUUUCAGCUGUUUUUGCGUGGACUGUUUGAACACCUUGGUGGGACGGGGGACGGCAGAAGCUGCCCGGAAGGAAGAGCCGUGGAACUGCUAUAUGUGCCGGCCGCAACAGCGUUACGGCGUCCUGCUCCGACGACGGGAUUGGAAUACACGCCUGAAGGAGUUUUUCACCAACGAGGAAGGGCAGGAAUACAAGGCACCCAAAAUCUACCCUGCCAUCCCAGCCACAAAACGGAAGGCCAUCCGAGUGUUGUCUCUCUUCGACGGCAUCGCUACAGGUUACCUGGUCCUGCGGGAUCUCGGCAUCAAGGUGGAGAAAUACAUCGCCUCGGAGAUCUGCGAGGACUCCAUCUCGGUGGGGACAGUGCGGCAUGAAGGAAACAUCAGAUACGUGCAUGACGUUAGGAACAUCACCAAGAGACACCACGACUUUGGGAAGAUGUGGGGUCUGUGUGUGGGUGCGGAUCGCAGAGUCUCAUCGAUCUUUUCUCUUUCCAGGCCCGUGGUGGCCUCCAAGGGAGACAAGCUGGAGCUGCAGGAUUGCCUGGAGUACAGUCGGAGGGCGAAGAUGAAGAAAGUCCGCACCAUCACGACGAAGUCCAACUCCAUUCGGCAGGGGAAGAGCCAGAUGCUGCCUGUGUCCAUGAACGGGAAGGACGACGAUUUGUGGUGCACAGAGUUGGAAAGGAUCUUUGGCUUCCCUCUCCACUACACCGACGUGUCCAACAUGGGUCGUCAUGCACGUCAGAAGCUGCUUGGGAGGUCGUGGAGCGUCCCGGUUAUCCGUCACCUCUUUGCUCCCCUGAAGGAUUAUUUUUCCUGCGAUUAGGCCGCAGGGAUCCUGCGGUCUCCUGGGUGGAAGGAGAAGAGCCAAGACCCCACCCCCCGCUCCUUGACCGCCCCCCCUCCGUUAAAGGAGGCCUUCUCCGCAGAAAAAAUUAUUUUCUAUCCACGCCUUUCUUCCAAGCUUGUCCGACUUUUGCGUUUCCGUUGUGCCAACA